AGCAAGAUGGUCGUGCAUGAAUACUCCCUCUGAUGGCGAAAUGAUUAAAGCAGGAGCUGGUGUAUCUGGUUCCCACGAGCAAACUGAAGGCGUAAACCAAGCAGCCAGCCUGAAGUGCGAACUAGCCUUGCUGAAUCUUUUUGCGGCUUAUGCACACCAAUGAUCUUGCUGAACCGUGAAACUUUGCUGAACUCGGGAGCAGGACGAGCCAGCGGCGCGCCAAUGGCGUCUGAGAGGUGCGUUCGCCACCAUCACUGGUCCAACAGGAGGAGGAUUGUUGGAAGGUUAGCGGUGCUUGGAUCUCUUCCACACGCACUGUUCGUUCCUCCGAAAUUUAUGCCCACCGAUGGCGGAGGCGCAGCGCGUCCGCUGAAGCUCAACCUCGACUUCUCCCCGCCCAAAUCGGCGGCGCUUGUCUUCCUCUUUUUCGUACUGCUCGGUGUGAGCGCCUUCUUGGCCGCCUCCGCCUCCACGGACACCAUCCUCGCCGGCGAGAGCAUCUCCGGGAACCAGACCCUCGUCUCCAAGAGCGGCGCGUUCGAGCUGGGCUUCUUCUCCCCGGGCCCCGGCAUCCACUACUACCUGGGCGUCCGAAUGAGGAACAUGGUAGAAAACAGCCCCAUCUUCUGGCUCGGUGACAGGGUAGUCGUCACCGACCUGCUGACCGCGUCGCUGGAGAUGUUCAGCGGCAGCCUGUACAUCAAGCAGAGCGGUGCCAGCCUCUGGUGGUCACCGGCUGGCAAUAGGUCUUCAGCCGCUGUCGCGGUCCUCCUCGACAACGGCGAUCUGGUGGUCAGGGACCAGGGGAACUCCUCCCUGGUGCUGUGGCAGAGCUUCGACUACCCCGGCGACGCGCUGCUCCCCGGCGCGAGGCUCGGGCUAGACAGGGACACCGGAAAGAACAUAUCGCUGAUAUUCAAGGAUUUCUCACACAACAGCAGCCUCAGCGUCGACGCGAGCAGGAGGAACGGGUUCGUGCUCACCACCGACGGGCACGACAGCCGUGGUACCUUCCCGGACUGGAUGGUGUCCUCUCAGGACAAUGGUAGCUCGCUGCUACUGAACCACCCGGAGAGCCCGAACCGCCCCGAGUUCUUGGAGCUCCGUCUUGGGCAAGUCAGCUUGCUGCGGUGGUCUGAAUCGGACCCCGCCGCAAACAACAGCACUACCGCGGGUUGGGUCCCUCACUGGAUCUUCCCCUCCGAUUGUAAAUCCGGCGGGUUCUUCUGCGGCGAUUUCGGCGCCUGUUCCAGUGACGGGAAGUGUGGCUGCGUCGACGGAUUCGUGCCGUCGUACCCGAUCGAGUGGGGACUCGGGUACUUCGUCACCGGCUGCUCGAGGUCUCUGCCGCUGAGCUGCGAGUCCGACGGCCAGACGGAGCACGACGACUCCUUCGCCCCGCUGGACAAGCUGCAAGGGCUUCCUUACAACGCCCGCGACGAGGUGGCCGGGAACGACCAAGAAUGCAGAGCGGCUUGCCGCAGCAAAUGCUAUUGCGUCGCCUACUCCUAUGGCCAUGGCUGCAAGCUCUGGUACCACAACCUGUAUAAUCUGAGCUCGGCUGCUAGGCCUCCGUACACCAAGAUAUACCUCCGUUUGGGCUCCAAACUCAGCAAGAAUAAAGGCUUACAAACAAAAGGAAUCGUGUUAUUGGUCACUGGGUCCAUAGCCAUUCCUUCUUUGGUAGUGGUACUGUGGCUGCUAUGGAGAUUUAGGAGGGAUUCGUUUGCCUUCAGGAAGUUUGAGGCAGAAGGCCCUCUUGUGGUCUACUCUUACCCACAGAUCAAGAAAGCCACACGGAAUUUCUCCGAUAAAAUCGGCGAGGGAGGAUUCGGAAGUGUCUUCAGGGGAACAAUGCCAGGAUCAGCUGUCAUCGCUGUGAAGAAUCUCAAAGUCCUCGGGCAAGCAGAGAAGCAAUUCCGAGCAGAAGUACAGACUCUUGGGAUGAUUCAACACACCAAUCUUGUGCGCCUCUUAGGAUUCUGCACCCAAGGGACCAGAAGGCUGCUGGUCUACGAGUAUAUGCCAAAUGGUUCUUUGGCUUCUCAUCUCUUUUCGAAAGAGACUAGUGUAUUGAGUUGGUGUACUCGCCGUCGCAUUGCCAUUGGUGUCGCUAAAGGUUUGGCGUACCUCCACGAGGAAUGCAGGGACUGCAUCAUACACUGCGACAUCAAGCCCGAGAACAUACUACUGGAUGCUGAAUUCUCCCCCAAAAUUGCCGACUUUGGCAUGGCGAAGCUUCUCGGGCAUGACAUCGAAGCGGCGCUGACCACUUUCCGUGGAACCAUUGGCUACCUCGCACCGGAGUGGGUGUAUGGUCAUGCUAUUACUCACAAGGCAGAUGUCUACAGCUUUGGUGUUGUGCUCUUCGAAUUGAUCUCUGGGAGGAGGACUACUGGGAACACGAGAUUUGGAAAUCAUCGGUACUUCCCCCUUUAUGCUGCAUAUAAAGUGAAUGAAGGAGAUGUCUUGUGCUUGCUCGAUGAUCGGCUCGGAGGAGAUGGCAAUAUAAAGGAGCUGGAUGCUACAUGUAGGGUUGCUUGCUGGUGCAUGCAGGAUGACGAGGUCCAUAGGCCGUCAAUGGGGCAAGUCGUUCGCAUGAUGGAAGGUGUUGUCGACAUUGAUUUGCCUCCGAUUCCAACUUCACUUCAGAAUAUUAUGGGUGUUGAUGAUAGUGGCAUAUAUUCUGAAUAAGCGUGAUAUGAGAUCUUCUUGUUGCAAGUCUAGAUGCCACAUUAUGUAGGACCCUAUGCUAGAAUUGAAGUUGCAUAUGUAUCUAGUUGUAAUAUUUCUGAUGUGAAGCAAAGUUGUAUUUGUU